AUGAACGCCUUUUGUGGCCGCCCCGCGCCUCCAAAUGGUGAGCCUUCAAGGGAUCCGCUGCGGACGACCCUGCAGGACAUCGUCUUCACAAUGAACAUCCCCCGGAUCCUCGGCGGGCUGAUUGCCGAGCUACAUGUCCUGCGAGUUGUGGAGAAGUUUGAGCGCCGCAAGGCAGCUCACCGGGCGGACGCGGACGCGGUGCUACAUCCACUGAAUAGUGGCUUCUUCUACAGAUGUAUGAAGGCGGUGAAGGGAUUGAACCCAAAGCCCUGCGCGCAAGGGAAUACAGAGACCAAAGACGCCUACCCCUUUCUUCUGGAGACGGAGGCCAUCUUCCGGCGGGCCUGUGAGGAGGAGGGAGUCUCCUUCCUGCACCUGGACCUCGAGUACCUCGACCGCUUCAUGCACGAGGCGGCCAGCGACCUGGAGACCGCCACCAAGACCUAG